GUGACUCGAAACACUUCAGAUGAGUCGGGUACGUCGGAGGCGAUGAACGCUGUGAGCAGGCUGAGUGCUCUCACGAGAACGCGACGACGAUGACUGCCAACGUUCUGUCGCAAUCAAGCCAAGUGCCCACAACCGACGCUGUCUUUCUCGAUUCCAUUCAAUUCACCGCUGCAAUCGGCUCGGAUUGUUGGCGUCGACCAAAACCGCAGCCUGUACUCGCCAGCGUCUACCUCUACCUGCAUUCAUCUUUCCUGGAUGCAUGUGGGACUUCGGAUGAUGUCAAAGAUUCGGUGCACUACGGCCAUCUCGCCAAAGCAGUAUCGGCAAUCGUUGGAGAGAGGGAACGCACAGACACGCCUUACACUGGUGUUCAUGCUCUUAUCCAGGACAUUACCCGCGUUGCCUUUGAGCUUGCAGAACAGAAUGCCAUUGCAGUGCGGGUUGUCGUCGAUCUUCCAAAGCAGAUCUUGCUUGCGUCGGGGUUCUCUGUCGACGUGACGACACCCCGAGCAAAGGCCGGUGAGGGCGGGUGCGGUGACAGGAACUUCCCCGCAUCCGCGACAAUCUGUGUCAGGGACCUCGUUCUGCCCGUCCUCAUCGGUGUCAACCCACCAGAGCGACUGGCUCGCCAACGUGUCAUUACCAACAUCACAUUCUACGAGCGUCCUUGCACCACCUCAGAGUCUACUUCGAAGGCUACCGUAUCCCAACCCCAAGCAAACGAAGUAGAUUAUACGAUGGUACUACAACUCUUAUACGAGUUCAUCAAUUCUACUUCCUAUUUAACCCUGGAAAAACUCGUCCUCGAGCUCAUCCGUGCCUGUUUCCGCAUGACAUCUCCCCAAGUCGACGCUGUUACAGUCAGGUGUGAGAAGCCGAGCGCCAUUUCGUUCGCCCACGCCUCCGGCGUGCAGAUAACGAGGCGUCGAGAGGAGGUCAACAUUGCAUCGGAGACUUGAGGUAGUGUCGUCAAGUAAAUUCUCACCCCACGGAGUUGUAUGUUAGUCCACGAUGUUCAGUCCUACGCCUUGCCGGUCAUAGAUGUCCUAGUAGUGUUUCACGGGGAGACAUCUUCUCAUGCCUAGAAAUGAUGACAGUGUUGAUGGCGCGUAACAUUGCAAGCUGGGUUGAUGCGAUGGGACUUCUGACCUCACCUGCGAUU